CUUCGCUGGCAACUGAGGGGACGGGGGUCGGACAUGUUGAGCGGGGAGCUGUCCGGCGCGCUGACGUUCGCGGGUUACAGCGGCCGGUUCAGCAAACUCCUGCACACGGAGGAGAUACAGAUGGAGGUGGACAUCCAGCGGUACAACAUGGACAACGAACCGCUGCAGAGGGACUCCAAUCCGAGGCUCCUCCGUCUCAAGGUCCCAGGAUUGGCCGAGAACCGUCCGUCCGUGUUGAAAGGUGACCAUCUCUUUGUCCAAGAGCGAUUCGGAGGCAGUGUUGGAACAGUCCGUUACAAGGGCUACGUGCACCACACGGAGCUGCUGGAGGUUAAACUGGGUUUCCACAACCAGCUUGUGAAUAAAUUCAUUCCGGGGAUGACGGUUGACGUCCAGUUCACCUUCGCCCGCCUGCCCCUCCGUCUGCAGCACCGGGCCGUCCAAGAUGCGGCCACCAAGCCGAUGAUGAGCCAUGUACUGUUUCCCCAAGCCUCGAGUGUGGGGGUCUUUCAGAACAUCAGGGAUCCGGACACACGUUCCUGUACUAGAUUCUCCUUUUACGACCGGAUGCUGCGAGAUAACGAGGAGCAGAACCGAGCCGUGCGGCACAUCGUGGCCGGCACCUCCCGCCCCGCCCCGUACCUCAUCUUCGGGCCUCCGGGGACGGGCAAGACCAUGACUACCGUGGAGGCCAUCAAACAGGUCCACAAUUUGAACUACAAAAGUGUGAUCCUGGCCUGUGCACCGUCCAACAGCGCGGCUGACCUGCUCGCCCAGCGGCUUAUCAAGGAGGCACAGUUCAAGGCGUCCCUCUUCAGGAUGAACGCCGUGUCCCGACGGUGGGACAGCCUGCCCCAAGAUCUGAAGGACGCCAGGUGCUGUAACUAUGACUCCCGUGGUGAGGUCUACUUCCCAAGUAAGGAGGAGAUCAUGCAAAAGUACCGCAUCGUCGUCACCACACUGGCCACCGCUGGGAGUGCCUGUUACUCCGCAGCCAUGUCCCUGUUGGAGCGGCUGAUGACGCAGUGCCCCCUGUACCAGCGCGGUGAGGACGGACAGUACGACUCACGGGUGCUGACCAAACUGGUCCGGAACUACCGCUCACAUCCCGCCAUCCUGAAGGAGCCUAACAACAUGUUCUACGACGGAGAACUGGAGGUAUACGCUGAUCCGCUGGUGAGGGAAUCCCUGUGCCGUUGGGAAAACCUGCCUGAGCCGGCGAAGGGAAAGUUCCCGGUGAUCUUCCACGGCGUGGAGGGGACGGACGAGAGGGAGGGGAACAGUCCGUCCUUCUUCAACGCCAGGGAAGUCGCCACGGUGCUGGACUACGUCAAUGAGCUUUUGAACAGCCGCGGAGGAAUGCGAGUCACCCAGAAUAACAUCGGCAUCAUCUCCCCUUACCGUAGACAGGUGCAGAAGAUCCAGCACGCCUUGAGGCUGCAGAACUACUCGGACAUCAAGGUGGGAUCUGUUGAGGAGUUCCAGGGUCAGGAGAGGCUGGUCAUCAUCGUCUCCACCGUCAGGAGCACCCGACAGGAGUACCUCAAGAUGGACAAGGACUACAACCUGGGGUUUCUCAACAAUCCUAAGCGCUUCAAUGUGGCCAUCACCAGAGCCAAGGCCCUGCUGGUUGUGGUGGGAAACCCCUACACACUCAGUCGCGACGAGAACUGGGGCAGGUUUCUGGAGUACUGCCGGAGAAACGGCGGGUACCAUCCGGACAGCUGCGAGUUUCAGCCGCGUAACGAUGAGGUGGAGGACGUUCUGCAGCGGCUCGCUAAAGUCAACUUGGACGGCACGUCAGAGCCCGCGGUUGACGAGGGGUCAGAGUUCAGCCUGGUACAGCAGCAGGAAGACCCCGAGUGGCGCCGGGAGAACUGACAACUUAGGGGACUCAGA